GCCAUGCACCGCCCGGGACUGGCCUGCUGCACAGUGCUGUUGGUCCUGGGACUCUGCGGCGCGCACUCGCGCAACGUACUGCUGAUAGUUGCUGAUGACGGAGGCUUUGAGAGCGGUGUAUACAACAACACCGCCAUUGCCACCCCUCACCUGGACGCCCUGGCCCGCCACAGCCUUAUCUUCCGUAAUGCCUUCGCGUCUGUCAGCAGCUGUUCCCCGAGCCGUGCCAGCCUCCUCACCGGCCUGCCCCAGCAUCAGAAUGGCAUGUAUGGGCUGCACCAGGAUGUGCAUCACUUCAACUCUUUCGACAAGGUACGGAGCCUACCGCUGCUGCUCAGCCAGGCGGGAGUGCGCACAGGCAUCAUUGGGAAGAAGCACGUGGGUCCGGAGACCGUGUAUCCCUUUGACUUUGCGUUCACAGAGGAGAACAGCUCUGUGAUGCAGGUGGGGCGGAACAUCACUAGAAUUAAACAACUGGUCCGGAAAUUUCUGCAGACUCAGGAUGACAGGCCCUUCUUUCUCUACGUGGCUUUUCAUGACCCUCACCGCUGUGGGCACUCCCAGCCUCAGUAUGGAGCCUUCUGUGAGAAGUUCGGCAACGGGGAGAGUGGAAUGGGGUACAUUCCAGACUGGACACCCCAGAUCUACGACCCUCAGGAUGUGAUGGUGCCCUACUUUGUCCCGGACACACCAGCAGCCCGCGCUGACCUAGCCGCUCAGUACACCACCAUCGGGCGGAUGGACCAAGGGGUAGGUCUGGUGCUCCAGGAGCUUCGAGGUGCCGGUGUGCUGAACGACACCCUCAUCAUCUUCACAUCCGACAAUGGCAUCCCCUUCCCCAGUGGCAGGACCAAUCUGUACUGGCCUGGCACAGCCGAGCCUUUGUUGGUGUCAUCCCCAGAGCACCCACAACGCUGGGGCCAGGUCAGCGACGCCUACGUGAGCCUUCUAGAUCUUACCCCUACCAUCCUGGACUGGUUCUCCAUUCCAUACCCCAGCUAUGCCAUCUUUGGCUCAAAGAUGAUCCAGCUCACAGGCCGAUCCCUCCUGCCGGUGCUGGAGGCAGAGCCCCUUUGGACCACUGUCUUCAGCAGCCAGAGCCACCACGAGGUCACCAUGUCCUACCCCAUGCGCUCCGUGUACCACCAGAACUUCCGCCUCAUUCACAACCUCAGCUUCAAGAUGCCAUUUCCCAUCGACCAAGAUUUCUACGUCUCGCCGACCUUCCAGGACCUCCUGAACCGCACCACCGCAGGCCAGCCCACCGGCUGGUACAAGGACCUCCACCGUUACUACUACCGGGAACGCUGGGAGCUCUAUGACGUCAGCCGGGACCCUCGAGAGACACGGAACCUGGCCGCUGACCCAGACUUGGCUCAAGUGCUGGAGGUGCUGAAAGCUCAGCUUGUCAAGUGGCAGUGGGAGACGCAUGAUCCCUGGGUGUGCGCCCCCGAUGGGGUCCUGGAGGAAAAGCUUACACCUCAGUGCCGACCGCUUCACAAUGAGCUCUGACCAUCCCCGGGGCACCUGCCAGCCCAUCUAGACAUGGAGGGAGGGAGCAAUGGAGGCAGUGCCAGCAGCUGCACCCCCUACACACCCAUCUGAGGAGGCCCCUCUACCAUAUGGGAUGCCAUUCCUGCUUCCUGUAGAGGACACUCAAGCAUGCACUCCCUAGUUGCUGUCAUACCAAGGACACCAUUGUCAUCAUGUUUGCCUGUGCUGGCUCAGGAGUUCUAGGGGGAACCUGGGCAUGGCAGAACCCCAAGUUUUGAUAGGUGAGUUUUGAGAUCUGCCGAUGGAGGAGCAGGGUCUGGGGCUCGAAGCUCUCUGGUUUCGGGAACCUGUGGAUGUUUUCAAGCCCUUCACCCUAAGAGAAGCUCAGGUUUCUGGGUGCCACAUGGGCAGUGGGCAGACCGCACUGACUACUUCAACCAACCUUGGGCUGGAGAGAGCAUUCAGUAGGUCUUGACAUGGUACCCCCAUGAGGUACUCGCUUAGCCAGGGUUCAUGCUGUUCUCAGAGGGGUGAGUUUGAUCCUGUGGUCUAUCUGGGCUCUGCUGUCCUUUCUGAGGGUGACUGAGGAGGACAGGGUGGGACAGUGCUCUCUCUCUGAGUGACACCAAGCAAACCACCUGAUUCCAGCUUUUCCCUUCCUUCACUUGCCAAGGGACAGAAGCACAGCCUAGAAAUCUAGAGAGGGGCUGUCCCUCCUGCCCCUCUGUCAACUCCACCUCGGGAGGGAGUGAGAGUCAUGGGCACCAGUGUCGGAAAAACCUUUUUUACAACAGUAUAAUCAUUCACAGAACUUCAUAGUAGCACACUGGAUCUUAGGCACCAAGAUACAAACACCGUGUCAAAAUGACUCAGUUUAUGGCUAGGUGGGGGCUUUACCCAAGUGUGGCGCAAUGCACCCUGGGAAGGACCGGGGGUCAUGUCAGUUUCCAGAGAGAGUUCUUUGCUCACGAAGGGUCAGUUGGCUCUGGGAUACGCACCAAAGCAACCUGGGGUUUGGGGUUGGGCACAGAGGCCGUGAGUCAAAGUGCCACUCAAGUCUGUGUGCUACAGCACCUUCAUUUGCAGAUGUCUGCGGCAGCACCUGGCUGUUAGCAGCCGAGUCAGUCAGCCAUGCCUACGGUGCUCCAGAGUCAGGCCCCCGCCCUGGGCAGGGAGGACUGCUCCAGCGAGCUUGCAAGGUUCCUUUGACAUCAGAAACGUAAAAGGAAGGGCCAGAACCCACAAAGCUAUUCCUGUUGUCACAGAAAGCUGGGGCACUGGCUCUGGCAAGUCUCAGGGAGCACCCCCACAUGGCAGAAUAUUCUCCAGUCCUCCAUCAAUCCAGGCCAUGCUGUGUGAAGGUGGCUUUGUCCUUUGCACCUUGAUUUCUGUGAGCACCUGAGGUCAGACCCCGACCAGAGAAGGAAGUGGGAUUGUUUGCCAACAGCAUUAACAGACACACGGAGGUCCCCACAGUCCCCAGCCAGGUCUGGGCUUCAGCAGGGGCUCUCUGUCCACACCACCUUCUUCUGCUCAUCUGCAAUGGCCAGGCGCACACAGCUGAGCAGGCUGUCCAGGUCACUCCAGCUGUCGGGGGUCAGGCUGCUGUACAGACACGGCACUCUGUCCAGCUCCCCCUCCUCCUGCCGGGCCACCUCCAGGAACUGCUCCUCCGAGCUGCCAAGCCGAUGCAGGCCCUUCCUGCAAAGCAGAGAUAGAUGUUCAGCUCAAAGACAGCAAGGUAGUCAGGAGAGCACACAGUGGGCUUUAAGACAGCGCACUGUAGGCAUCCAGGCCAGAGUCUAUAAAAGACUCAGCAUGCACCCUUGGGUGUGAGCAUGGGAGUCCUAUCCAGGGAAGCUCGUGAAGAAGGAAGGACUUGGCUGCAAGCAGCAUUCACUGAUGGAGUGUGCCAAACAAAUUGUACUUCCCAGAGGAUACAGGCAGUGGCAUGCUUGUCCCAGCCAGACACCGAGGGAUGGGGUGGGACCCGGCUUCACAAGCCCCAGGCACUUUGUGCAGCUUUGGUAUAAAAAGGACAAGGGACAGGUUCACUCUGGGGGUGGGGGUGGGGUGAGAGCAAGCUAGACCUCUGGCUUGAGGUUGCAAGGACACAACUGGGGCCGGAACUUAGAGAGUUCUAGUAUGCUCCCGAAGCACAUGACAAGCUUGUCCAGAGCACAGGCACCUGUUUAGACCCUGCUACCCACUCCCUGCUCAGCCCUCCCUCACCAGGCAACUACCUGAGUUUCUUUGCCGUCUUCUCAUUGACAGAGACAUGGAUGAUGAUGGGGAACAUGUCCAUCCUGUGUAGGACUCGGACGCUGUCCAGCCGGACAUCCAACAGGGCGUGGGUGCUCUUUGGGAGGGCAUAGAGAAGCAGGUUAAGCCCUGGGCCUCGGGUCUGGGAGGGACUGAGAGGAAGCUGUGCAGCAGAGCACAGGGCUGUGUGGAAGACACCUGAACAGAGGCAGCGUGGCAUCUGCCAGGGUGCCUGCCGUAUAUCUUCAAGGGUGAAACCCAUUUGAUUGGUCCCUGGGAAAAUCUGGAUUUGCAAGCCUUUGGCAUUGAGGUAGAUUUUGCAUGGAGUACAAACCUUAAGAAUCAGACAAUGCCAGCUGUUGUCCUCCGUGUACGUGUAUGCCCGUGUGCAUGCACAUGCGCCUGUGCGUGCGUGUGUGUGUGCGUGUGUGUGUGUGUGUGUGUGUGUGUGUGUGUGUGUGUUUUCCUUCCUACUCCUUAUGGAAGUGUGAAACUUGAUGGUUUACUGAGAGCUGUAAAA